AAUAAGUUGGCAGUCCCAUGAACUAUGGCGUCUUUAUUUUAAAUUAAGGGAACAGUAAUAUUUUUCUAACAAAAUACAAAUGAAUAAAAAGAAAGCAAGAAGUUCGCUUAAAAAAGUGGCAAAACAACAAGAUGAAGAGCUUGCUCCAGUACGAACUAAGCGUCGCAUCAGUUUCAGCGGCAAAAAGUUCAUACGAGAAUUUGAUACGACGGAGAAAGCGCGAGACUAUGACAACUCAUAUGAAAUAUCAGAUCACACCAAUGGCGAGGAUAUCUCCGGCCAAUCCCAUGGCACAGUUGCAGCGUCUGUAUUGCAAAGUACAGCACAAAUAUAUAUGACCAAUGAGAUGGAUAAGGAAAAUGCAUUACCCGACAGUCUAAUACAAUCCAACGCUUCAGUGUUGGAGUACAAUUCUCAAUUGAGCGAUUUCACAUUCAAAUUGCAGACGAGUAUCAAUGUGACGCUGCUACCAGAUGAACUAAAAAGAUACCGACAGCGCACUGAAUCUCCAACACGUUUGGAACAAGCGGCCAGUGACAGUUUAUCUUUGAAUGAAAUAGAACGUGAGAAGCUGAGAGAAAAUAGUGUAUACAAAAUGCCAGUUUUCGAAAAAACUAUGGAUCUUAUGCCAGAAACGUUAGCAUAUGCUGGGCUGGAGCCAAAACCUCUCGAAAAAGUCAACAUGCAAAAACAUAUAGUGUCCGGAGACAUAAGUGUUGGAACUAAAAAGGAAGCUGAAGUCAACCAAAAGACUAUGGUAUUUGAGAACAAAGAUAUAACGUGUGACUUUAGCGAUAUCGAGCCGGCAGAAAUGUUUGAAGAUGGGGCUAAGUUAACUCAAGAAAAUGUAUCCAUGGAUAUGGCAGAAAAAGACUAUAUGAACUAUUUGCCAGAUGAUUCAACGUUGUCAUCACCUUUAAUACCAUUGGACGUCAUUUCUGAGAACGGCAUUAGUAAGAAACUGAAUUUUCGUCAAUUGAACGAUGCCUUGAAUUCUGGCCGAAUUCAAUUAUUUCCCAAUGGUCCAAGAACUCCCACUACUGAUCGCAAAGCGAAACAACGUUUCUGGCAUGGGCUAGAGCAGCAGCCUAUGGAAGAGGAAGUUCCAAACCGAGAAAUGAUAAAGCCACGCAGUACAAUCAACUUCAAUGAGAGCAUGAUGGUGUCGCCCGUCGCUCCAGAAAAGUCAGAAGCAAAGCUGGUGGCCGCAGCACAAAAUGCAGAUCCGCCCGUUAAAGCCAAAAACUCACUUAAUGCAAAACGCAAUUACCGUUUCUCACAGGCCGACGAGCUAAUGCUGGACAAUACAAAUUUUCUAGUUAAUGCUAAAAUGGGCGAUGAGACACAUUCACGAAAUAGCUCCAAGUGCUCAUCACGACGUGAAACUACAUACGAUAAUACUGCCAUGGAAUUUGAUGAUCUAGAGAAGCGUGAAGCAGCAGUUAAAGCAGCUCUGGAAGGCGCAAAACACAAACAAACCAUGCAUCAUUUUGAGCCAAUGGAACAAGAUGAUUUUUCAAGCCCUGGCAAGAAUGCAAAGAGCGAUUUGACGAUGCCACCUGUGGUUCAACAAUCCAUCCAAAUAGAUCUGAGUCCUCAGGCAACACUACCAGCACAGCAUCGCAGCAAGCCAAGGUCAACACUGCUCAUGGCUGAACCCAUUGAAGAGGAACAACCUAAAUAUGAAACUGCAGCUUCUAAAAAAGAAUUCAAUGUUCGUAGGCGGCAAACGUUACAUUUGGCGGAACCCAUAGAUCCAGUCCAGGAGUUGCAAUCAAAUGAGCAACAAUACAACAAUCGCCAGCAAACAUUACACGUAGUUGAUUUCAUGGAAGAAGAUUCGUUUGGUUUGAAAGACGAUAUUAAUUCGCAAACUGCUGCUAAUGCUGCUUUAGUGAAACUCAAUUCCAACAAGCAAAGGCAAACAUUACACAUGACUGAGCCAAUUGAGGAAGAGAGCCUAAAGCAUCAACAUGAAUCAAAAUCACAGAUACACGCCUCAACGUCUGUUUUAGAAAAGGAUGUAAGCAGACGUAGACAAUCAAUACAUUUACCCGAACCAAUUGAAGAGGACUCAUUUUGUGCGCCAACCGCUGCCCCAAAGGAAGUGCGUCAGAACAAGAACAGACACACAAUGCACAUGUCUGAGUUCAUUGAAACGGAUUACGGACAGACUCGGACUGCAGAUCCUGAAGGUAUACAGCAGUACACCAGACGUCGACAAACACUGCUCUUGUCUGAAUCCAUUGAAGAAAUUUCAGUUCAGCUCCAAAGAGAAGUACAACUCCAGCCAAAAUCCAAUGCAGUGGACUUUCAGUGCAGCAGGCGUAGACAAACAUUACACAUGGCUGAUCCCAUUGAAGAAGACUCCUACUGCGCAACAUCCAAGGCUGGCGAUCGGCAAAGAGAUCAACUACAGUCGGAUAAGCCAGUUGAUAAAGAUAAUGUAAAACCUCAAGAAGAAAUUAUGGCGCAGUCAGCUCGUAUUCAAGGUGAUCCUCAGUACAAUCGACGAAGGCAAACAGUACUUAUGGCUGAUCCAAUUGAAGACGAUUCAAUGUGUUCCACAUCCACAGCUGCCGAACAGCAAAGGAAUGAACACAAAAAACGUAGACAGACUUUACAUCGUGCUGAUGACAUUGAAGAAGACUCAUUCUACUCAAAAUCCAUAGCUGCCAAGCAGCAUGCCAUUGACGAAUGCAAUCGACGUAGACAAACAUUACUUCAGGAUGAUCCAAUUGAAGAAGACUCAAUCUGCUCAGCAUCCACAGCUCUCAAACAGCAUCAGCCUAGAUUACAAAAUGAAAACUCUGUUAAGGAAGCAGGUUCUAAUUUGGAUUUGCAAUGCUAUAAGCGUAGACAAACAUUACAUGUGGAUGAUCCCAUUGAAGAAGACUCCUUCUGCCUAACAUCCACAUCUGCCAAUCAACAUAAACACAAUUUACAGCGAGAUGCCACAAUCAAAGAAGAUAUCCUAAAAUCUGAACAAAAUAUAAAAGAACAAUCCGCUGCUCCUAAAACUAACUUGGAAUGCAUCCAACGUAGACAAACAUUACAUUUGCCUGAGCCCAUUGAAGAAGAUUCAAUUUGCUCAACAUCCAAUGCUGCCAAACUGCAAUGGGAUGAGUGCAACAGACGUAGGCAAACUUUACAUCAGGCUGAUCCCAUUGUAGAAGACUCAUGCUAUUCAAUAUCCACUGCUGCCAAUUCACAGAGAGUCGCUACAAGUGAGGACAAAAGUUUGAAACCGGAAGAGAAAAAAAAUAUGGCUUCAGAUGGCCGUAGAAAAACAACUAUUCUGGCUGAUCCCAUUGAAGAAGAUUCCUACACUUUAACAUCGCUCUCUGCCAAUCUGCAUAGGCAUACUUUACAAAAAGCAGAGCCAAUUGAGGAGGUUAUUUUAAAAUCUAAAAAAGAAAUAAGACAACAAACUUAUGACUUCAAAGUCAAUAGCCGUAGACAAACAACCCACCUGGCUGAUCCCAUUGAAGAAGACUCCUUUUGCUCAUCAUCCAAUGCUGCCAAUAAGCAACGAAGGAAUGCUGCAAUAGAGCAAGAUAUCUCCAAUCAGGGAAAACAACCGGAUGUUGAUCAAGUUGGUUUGCAGGCCUACCGGCCUAGGCAAACAUUGCAUGUCGUUGAUCCCAUGGAAGAAGACUCUUUCUGUUCCAAGUCAACCGCUGUUUCCAAAGAUAAUCCUUGCAGCAAAGAUAGAAAAACAAUGCUCAUCCCAGAAGCUAUUGACGUGGAUAUGAAUUUCUCUUCCACGCAUUCAGUCGCUCCAGCUAAAAAAGGGAGCAUCAAACAUAGACAAACUUUACUCUUGUCGGAGUCCAUUCAGGAAGAUAAUAAAAGCACCAACUGCAACCAGUUGCCCAACCUGACAUUAAAUCUAAGUGAUGGCAUUGACGAAGUUAUGUCCAAUGCUGACAAGACGACCAAGCAACAAUCGGCUUCUGUAGUCGAUCAAUAUGAUAAUAGGUCGCGUCAAACACAUCUUUUGAAAGACGCCAGUGAAGCAGACGCCAGUUGCGUUCAAUCAAAGACGAAAGCUGAAACUAUGCAACUGGAACGCAAGCCCAGGCACACACAAUACAAAGAGGAAGCAAUGGAUGUGGAAAUGUCAAAUGUAGAGUCCACUGACCAGUGCUACAGCAGGCCCAGGCCCAAGCUAAAGAACGACCUCUUGCGUAAAGCUCUAGACAAAGAAAACGUUUUCAUCAACACAAGGUUGGAAACGCCUGAAAUGAAUAAGAAGCGUCAGAUGUUUGCCCUCACACCAGGUCGAUCAAUGAUUGAGUUUGAAGAUUUGGAGAACGAUUGCAAGAUUAAAACUCCAGCUGCAAAAACUGCUUGCCGGUCCAUAUACCAAGCGAUAGACAUGGAGCUGGAUAUGGACACGUCAAACUAUGUCACGCCCGAGAAGAAAACGUCAUUUAAUGGGAAACGCAUACCAAUACACUUAACACCCAAUUUGCCAGAUCCGAAAAAGCGUAGCAUGCACCGGCAUCUUAACAUUGACCAGGAAAAUACCUCCCAGCCCGAAUCGGAAACAUCAUUACAAAAUGUGGAGCAAGUAGAUCAACCAACACAUAGGUCACGCAUUUCUGCUUUAUGCCAAACCUUGAAAUCUCCUUGUCGCGAAACGGAGCAGCUGGACGGCACCGUGCAGAUGGUAAGAGCACAAAUGAUGCGGCAAACUAGUACCCAUGGAAUGGAAAUUGCACAUUUGAUUGAGCAUAAACGGAAAACAGAUGUGUAUGAAGAUAAUCCUAUUACCAUAUCUGACGUGUCCAGCCAUUUCAAAUCACAGCGAGAACUGGCCAAGGAGACGUCCAUUGAAAGUCGCAGCUCGAAUGAGCGUAGCAAUAAGAGCUAUGCUACGGCCCAUAAGAAGUUCAUAAAUUUAAGUGGUGAUACCAUAAUCUUUACCAAUGCUGAAGAUCUUAACGACAAUUGGGAUACUGAAAUUGACAAGACACGGCUCAGUCUGGUGUCGACCUUGCUGGACGAGGCGGACGACGAGGAAAUGCAAGCAGCAAACAGCAGCCACCUUGACUUGGAGGCUAAUGAGACUUGCCUUGGACAGCCAGCAAUGGCUGGAGCUGAGGAUGCAUGCAAGAAGUGCAAACAUUGCCGGCGAUCGAUGGAUAGGACGAGAGCGCGUAAAAGUGUCGAAGAGACAUUUGAGUUGCCGGCUUGGCCGGACCUGGACGUGCAACUUGAGCGAUUAAAACGUUUGCGACAAAAGCCACGUAUAUCAGAUGUCCACAAAUAUUGGGAGCUUAAGAAACUAGGGCAGAAUUCCGAUGAUGACGAUGAUGAGAAAUCGGAAUCGGAAUGCGAUUCACGUAACACAAGUCGCUUAAACAUACCACAAAUGUUAGAUAUGUUCAACAGCAGGUGGGAAGAAUACAUUCAAAGUUGUCCCAAACCAAAGCCAGUUGAAUCGUUUGCAGAGUGCUUAAAAACCUCAUUGCAGGCCGAGCUGCCCAAUUGGAUAUUUGAUUGUAAUUUGCAAGUCUAUCGUACCUACAUAUUCUCACAUCGUAAAAUUACCACAUUUAAAAUAUAUAUUGAUUUUGAGCCGUUGGAUUUUUUGGAAACUAAAAUACACGUGAGCAGCAUUCAACUUAAGUCCAAAUCCGUAGGACCUACACCGUUGUUGAACGCUUUUGAGCAGCUGAUAGAUUUUCAGCUUAAGCUUAAUCUUCCGCUGAAUCUGGAUCGGUUGUUGGAUGGCAACGAUGUUACAGAUCUUGUUAAAUUUCUAAAGCACAUCGAUGAGGUUUGCUUAAAAAUAUAUAACAUAUGCAGGAAAAUGCAAUUGAUAGUAAUCACAGCACAAGCGCGACUGCUCAGUGAUUCGAAUCGGAUUAUAGUUAGAAAAACUGUACGCAAAUCAAUAAAGAAAGAUGAUGAGGCCUAUGCGCGUACAGAGAGAAACAAUUUUAAAAUUCGAAUAGGCAACGUACAGGAGAUCUCUUUUGAGGACAUUCUGCAGCCGCCGCUGUAUCAUUUUGAUGAGAGGAUUCGAUUUUUACCAAAGGGUAUAGAGUUUUUGGAAGCCUUUCUUCAAAACCCCGAACAAUAUUUGAAGCAAAAUGUUGAAUACAACAAAUAAGGAAUUAAUGCGGAUGCUUUGAUGAGCCAGCAAUAUAACAAAAUAUUAUUAUUAUAUUAUAUAUAUAUUUGUCAUGUUUUUAAUGCAUAAAAA